UCAGUUAAUUAAUAAUAGCUACUUACAAAAGCAAAACCUAUAUAUGUAUAUAUAUAGUAGCUUUUGCUUAUUAAUUAUUAGUUACUAAUUGCCUAAUUAUGGCAGUUAAUCAUCGAUCACUACUAAUCUAAUCCACACACACGGUUAAUAUAAUAAUCAUAAUUAAUUAUUAAGCUGCCCUGCCCUGCCCUUUACGGGCUGCCCAACUUGCCCGGUUACUCCACCCAUAAUCACUACUAUACCCCACACCAUCUCUCUCUAUAUAUAAAUCUAAUAAACCCCAAAAAUAAAAAGAAAAAACACACAAUAAAGCUUUUUAUAUAUAAAUUAUAUUAAUGGGUUCAAUUCCUGAAUAUUUAUACUCUUCUCUAGAUAAUCAUCACUCUACAUUCUUUCCUAUUAUUACAACCACCACCACCGCCACGACUACUGAUCUUUCGGGGCUGCCGCCUACCAUGACGGAAGACGGCGGCCUGUGGUGUAAUGAUGAUAGAGAAUUAUUAUUAGUUUCCUUCGGUAGCGGUGGUUGUGGCGGUGGUAGUGGUAUUAAUAGUACUACUGCUACGAGUUGUAGCAGUAGUACUAUUAAUAAUUAUAAUAAUAAUAAUAAUAAUGCUUUGUCUUCUUCCUCAACUGAUUCUCUUCUUUCAUCGACAUCGUCCUUAUCCCCGGCGUUUAUGGUGUCUGCUGCGGCGUUCCCGGAGCAGAAUAUCGUCGGCGGUGGGUUUGUUCCCUCAGUUGGUGGAGCAUUGUACUCUCAUGAUUAUCUAAGCAAUUUUAAUGAUAUGAUUAGUAAUAAUAAUGAUGAUCAGUUAAAUAAUGGAUUCAAUUAUGGGGGGUAUAAUGGUAAUAUUAGUAAUAAUAAUGGGUUUGUUGAGUUUGGGGAUCAGGAUUAUUCUUCUUGUAAUACGACGUCGUUUUUUCCUGAGUUUAAACCUGUGGUGGGUCUUCUCGCUUCCGGAGAUCAAAAUUGGGUAGGAAUGCAAAGUUGUAAUCAAAUGCAUGGAAUUGAAGAUUCGAAUAUAAUGAAAGUGAGUCGAUAUUCGGAAGAAGAAAGGAAAGAAAGGAUUGUUAGAUAUUUAAAGAAGAGAAACCAAAGGAAUUUCAACAAGACCAUUAAGUAUGCUUGUAGGAAAACCCUAGCUGACAGGAGAGUUCGAGUACGUGGGAGAUUUGCAAGGAACAAUGAAUUGUGUCAUGAUCAUGAUGAUCAAUUUCAACCCAAAAAUAAUAAUAAUGAAUUAUUAUUAUCACACAAUAAUAAUAAUAAUAAUAUUAUUAAUAAUAAUAAUACUUGCAAACAAAAUACUGACUUUUGUAGUGAAGUUGAAGAUGAUAUUGCUGAUACUGUCCAGAUCAAAUAUGAUGAUGAAGAAGAUUGGCUGCAGGAUUUUGCCUUGUGUUGCUUUGUAAAUGGAGGAAUACCUAAUAAUAAUAAUAAAAUAUAAUAUAAUUAAUUAAGUAAUAAUAUUAUUGUAGAGAGAAAGAGAUUGUUAAUUGUUAUUGAUCUUAACUUAACUUAAUUAAUAUUGUAGAGUUUGGAUUGAUCUUAAUUAUCAGU